AUGAUUCAAUCGAAGAUUGAUAAAAUUUUCGUAGUACGCCAAUUAAGAAUCUCCGAUUACGAAAAAACUGAUAAGGAACCACGUCCACGUAAAGAAGAUGGGCGCGUGACUAAAUGGGUUAAUAUUAAAAAUAAAGGUGAAGAAUUCGCUUUUAAAAUUGUUGGUGAGGAAGAAAGAGCUAACGUACAAAAUCAAGUUACAAUUCUUAAAGAACUUCAUGACUGGCAAAAUAUUACAAGAAUUUAUGGACUUACGUGUGAAGGGAAUAAAUGGUUUUUGGUAUCUGAAUGGGCUGAAUAUGGUAAUUUACGUGAAUAUUAUAUAACUUAUAAAGAUCGAUUCGAUCUUAGAUUAAAAUUACGUAUGUCCCUUGAUAUUGCUCGCGGAUUAAAUUUUUUAAGAGCCGUUGAGAUUGUUCAUCGUGAUAUUAGAGCCGAGAAUAUAUUAAUUACAUUACAUGAGACAGCAAAAUUAGCAAACUUUAAAUUAAGUCGUUCAUUGUUCGCGCCUACAUUAAAUCAAAGGCAAAAUUUAGAACGGGUUCGUUAUUGCGCUCCUGAAUUAUUAGAGAGAGCUCACAACUUCAAAUAUGAUCAUAAAUGCGAAGUUUAUAGCUUCGGAAUUUUACUCUGGGAAAUUGCAGAGGAAAGAACUCCAUAUAAGGAAUAUACGGAUAUUGUAAAAAUAACCGAUUUGGUACGUAAUAAAAAAUAUCGGGAAUCCUUUUCAAAAGAUAGUCGAAUGCCUUCAUCAUUCAUAGAAUUAUCGACUAAAGGUAUGUAA